CUUUAAAUCAUCUAUAUUCAGUGUUCUUAAUGGCUUUAUGCAAGAUUUUUCCUUUUGCCUUCAUCCUCCUUUGUUGUUCUUGUUAUCUGAUAUCGGGCCAACGUUUCGAUUACCCCACUGCAAAUCUUUCUACAACUUGGAUCAACAGUGUUUCUGCACCCCAUUCAGUGGAUUUCACUGAUGGCUCAAGAGUAAGGGCUAUACUACUCAGAGGAACUUUUGGUCCAAAAUAUGCUUGUGGUUUCUACUGUAAUGGCAAUUGUGAUACUUACCUCUUUGCCAUUUUCAUUGUGCAAACUAAUAGCGCGUCCCAAAUUACUUCUCCCGCAAUUGGAUUCCCACAAGUUGUUUGGUCUGCUAACCGGAACAAUCCGGUUAAGAUCAAUUCAACUUUGCAGCUUACAGCACAAGGAGACUUGGUGCUCAGAAAUGCUGAUGGUACUUUGGCUUGGUCAACUAACACUGCUGGCAAAUCUGUUGCUGGUUUAAGCUUGACCGAUGAAGGGAAUCUUGUUCUGUUUGAUUCGAAGAAUGCAACUGUUUGGCAAUCGUUUGAUCACCCGACAGAUGCUUUAGUUCCAGGGCAGAAGUUAGUACCAGGGAUGAAGCUAACAGCAAGUGUUUCAACAACAAAUUGGACUGAGAGAGGUUUGUUUUCUCUCUCUGCUACCGAUGAUGGUUUUGUUGCUUUUGUAGAGUCAAAUCCUCCCCAAACAUACUUUUUAGGGGCUAUUGCUGGAUUGAAUGCAACCUCAGCUCAAUAUAUGAGAUUGGAGUCCGAUGGACACUUGAAAGUGUAUGAGUGGCAAAGUAGGUGGACUGAGGUGGGUGAUCUCCUGACAGGUUAUAAGGGCGAGUGUUAUUACCCCAUGGCCUGUGGAAGAUAUGGCAUUUGCUCAAGGGGGCAGUGUAGUUGUCCCAAAUCGAGUUCUAAUUCAACGACCUAUUUCAGACAGAUAGAUGACAGGCAAGGUAAUCUGGGUUGCUCUGAGGUCACAAGGCUCACAUGUAAUGCUUUAAACAACCACAUAUUUUUGGAUCUUCAAGAUUUGGACUACUUCACAUUUACGGAAGAUAUUAGAAACACUGAUAUGAAUACCUGUAAAGAUGCAUGUUUGAGGAACUGUUCCUGUAAAGCUGCUUUGUUUCGCAGUGGUUUAAACUCAUCCACAGGAGACUGCUACCUACCAUCUGAGAUCUUUUCACUAGCGAAUAAUGAGAAGGACAAGACAAUGUAUGAUUCCCAUGCAUUUAUAAAAGUACAGGUUGAACCUGAAAUAGCUGCUGCUAAAGAGAAAAGGCGUGUUAAUGGUGCUAUACUGGGCUCUGUCAUAGGAAUUUCCAUCUUAGGGAUCAUAAUUGGAAUUGCAGUUUUCAUAUUCUGGAAGAAGAAGAGAAAGGCCAAUGAAGACGAGGAGGAUUAUCUAGAUCACGUACCAGGAAUGCCGACUAGAUUUUCUUACGAUGAUCUAAAGGUUGCAACGGAGAACUUCACCAAGAAGCUUGGUCAAGGAGGAUUUGGGUCAGUUUUUGAAGGGUGCUUAGCAGAUGGCACAAAAAUUGCAGUGAAAUGCCUUGAUGGAAUAGGACAAGUCAAAACGUCAUUCUUAGCUGAGGUUGAAACUAUUGGCAGCAUACAUCAUGUAAACUUGGUGCAAUUGAUUGGCUUCUGCGCUGAGAAAUCUCAUAGGCUUUUAGUAUACGAAUGCAUGAGCAACGGAUCACUAGAAAAAUGGAUCUACCAUGGGAAACAGGAGCAAACUCUAGAUUGGAACUGCAGGAGGAAGAUUAUUCAAGACAUAGCCAAAGGAUUAGCCUACCUUCACGAAGAAUGCAGGCAAAAGAUUCUGCAUUUGGAUAUUAAGCCCCCAAACAUACUCCUGGAUGAGAAGUACAAUGCUAAACUCGCUGACUUUGGGCUUUCAAAGCUAAUUGAUCGGAAUCAGAGCCAAGUUAUGACUCAGAUGAGAGGCACUCCUGGUUAUUUGGCUCCUGAAUGGCUUAGUGGAGUUAUAACAGAGAAGGUAGAUGUCUACAGCUUUGGCAUUGUGCUCUUGGAAAUUUUGAGUGGAAGAAGACAUUUUGAAGCAUCGGAGUCUGAAGACCAACAGGUAAUGGUGAACUUAUUCAGGAGAAAGGCAGAGGAAGGGCAGUUGGUGGAUCUUAUUGAUAAGCACAGUGAAGAUAUGCAGUUUUACAAAGAAGAAGUAGUAAAGGCGAUGCAGAUUGCUGCCUGGUGUUUACAAAGUGAUUACACGAAGAGGCCAUCAAUGUCGAUGGUGGUCAAGGCCAUGGAGGGUGUUAUAGAUGUUGACAAGGAUCUAGACUACAGCUUUAGACCACAAACUGUUUCCGCAAUACCAUAUAUCAGUUUUGCAGAUUCAACUCCUUUAUUGCCUUCGAUCCUAUCAGGCCCAAGGUGAGGAGGAAGUUCCUUUGAAUUUUUGUUAAUUUCUUGUGUUUAAGCUAUUGCAGCUUGCUCGCUGCUGUGUAAAUUUCUUCUCCAAUGUUCACAAAGUUAUGAUUGUUUUCUU